AUGGCUUUGGGAGUGGCAGCUGUCGAGUUGAUGGGCAACUGUGUCUUUGGAGAUGUGGGGAUUGUGGAAGUUUCAUGGGCUGGUGGCCUGGUUACCACCUCAAGACCCAGCUAUACUUCAAUUGUUAGACCAAAUUUAAAUUUAAUUCAUAAAGAUAUAAAGAGUCAGCAGUGUAGUGAUUAUGGUAAAGAUUUUACAUGUGCUUGCAGGCAUGAAAGAAUUCAAACUGGAGAGAAGAAACCUUUCAUAUAUACUGAAUGUGGUAAAACCGUUGUAUAUGAGAGUCAUCUUCAAAGGCAUGGAAGUUCACUUAUGGGAGAGAAACCCUUUCAAUGUAAUCAGUGUGUUAAAAGCUUUGCCCAUAACAGUCAUCUUCAAAGGCAUAAAAGAACACAUACUGCAGAGAAACUCUAUGAAUGUAAUCAAUGUGGUAAAGUCUUUGCCUAUCAUAGUAAUCUUCAAAUACAUAAAAGAACACAUACUGGAAAAAAACCCUAUGAAUGUAAUCAGUGCGGUAAGGCCUUUGCACAGAACAGUACUCUUCAAAUGCAUAAAAGAACACAUACUGGAGAGAAACCCUAUGAAUGUAAUCAAUGUGGUAAAGCCUUUGCUAGACAUGGUCAUCUUCAAAUGCAUAAAAGAACUCAUACUGGAGAGAAACCCUAUGAAUGUAAUCAGUGUGAUAAAGCCUUUGCAUAUAUCAGUAAUCUUCAAGUGCAUAAAAGAACUCACACUGGAGAAAAACCCUAUGAAUGUAAUCAGUGUGGUAAAGCCUUUGCAUGUAAUAGUUAUCUUCAAGUGCAUAAAAGAAGACAUACUGGAGAGAAACCCUUUGAAUGUAAUCAAUGUGAUAAAGCCUUUGCAUGUAACAGUUAUCUUCAAGUGCAUAAAAGAACACAUACUGGAGUGAACCCCUAUGAAUGUAAUCAGCGUGGUAAAGACUUUUCACAUCACAGUAACCUUCAAAUGCAUAAAUGAACACAUACUGGUGAGAAAAACCUAUGAAUGUAAUCAGUGUGGUAAAGCCUUUGUAUGUAUCAGUAAUCUUCAAAAUCAUUAGAAAAAACUCGUUCUGCAGAGAAACCUAUAAGUAUAGUCAGUGUGGUAAAGUUAUACAAGAGUAAAACAUUUGGUGUACAAUCAGUCUAUUAAAGCCUUUCUAUACUACAAGAGUCUUUGACGAUCGGAAAAAGAUACUCAUGGCAUCGUAUUAUAAAGUACUUAGAAAAGUCUACAGCCCACACAGUUAUAAUCAGUUAUAGAAAAGUAUGUAUUCUGUAGGUAAAUAUUUCACAGUGUCAACAAACUGUUCAAACAUUAUGUUGUCCAUUUUUAUAUUGUUUGCACCAGUAAACUUAAUGAAGAAAACCAAAUUUAUGAAUUUUGAAAGCUUAUGUGUAGGGUAAAAGGGCCAGCCAUGGAAACACACUCUGACCCUGAAAAUGGAGCCCAUCAAAGACACAUUUUUGGACCUGAAACCAGAGGAAGAAGCAUGCCCCAACACUGAAACCAAAGUCAAAGAAAUACAGGUUGUUUCUGAAUCCAGAAGCAGGUAUAGAAACACCCUGACCCUGAAUUCAGACCAAAAGAGUUGAAAGGGGUUGGCUGGACAGAUGGCUCAAUGGUUAAGAGCACUGGCAGCUUUUCCAGAGGACCUGAAGACUCAAGUUCAAUACCCAGCAACCACAUGGUGGCUCACAACCAUCUAUAAGAGGAUCUGAUGCCCUCUUCACUCAUGCAGGCAUACAUGUAGAACAUUCAUACAUAAAAUAUAACUAACUAAAUAAAUAAAAUUGUUAAAAGGGGCCAGUGAAAGAAACACAUGUUAGACCUGAAACCAGAACCAAAGAAACACACUCUGCCCUUGACCAACUAUGCACAAAACCAACCAAUCCCUGAGUUUGAAAUUAACCAAUUCCUGAGCAUAAAAUCCAGCCAGUUUUUGAGUUUGUUCAAGCCCUGUGCCUGUUUAGGUGGCAGCUGCCUUUUUCCACCCUUGAAAAGGCAGCCAGUUUCCUGGAUUCCUUCCUCCUAAAUAAAUCUCUUGAAUGUGUUUUAAGUGGAGACCUUUAAUUGAAGGAAAUAAGAAACUCACUAUUGGAUUGGAUUAGAGAAGAAAUGGACACCUCUGCUGGCAAACUCCAUUAGAGAAGUAGAGUAUAACAGCUUUUCAUCAGACUCUGUUAUAUUUCUGCAGCAAUUUCCCCCUUACUUGAGUGAAUCAUAGAAGUAAGAAUUUGGGCUGGAGCUGAGAAGAAAUGGAAAUCUCUGCUGGAAACACCCUAGUAGAGCAAAGAAGAGAAACAUGUGAUAGCUGUGCUUAAAAUCUCCCUCAAAGGAGUGGAGCAGAGCAGCAAUGGACAUCUCUCCUGGUAAACUCUCUUAGCAGAGUGGUGCAGAGCCCAGUUGUAAGGGCUCCCUUUUGGAGAGAAGCCAAAUUAUGACAUUCUGUGGGGAGACAAUUCCCCCUGAAACAGAGGUUCAGAUAUGUCCUGACUUCAUGAUAGACAGGGUACCUUUUGCCUCUCAGCAAUAGGUAUCCAGGAUAUCUCCCUUCGCAGCUGAAGGUGGAUCCUGACAUCCAAUAGUCAGUGUUCCUUUCUCUUCUGAGAUAUAAGUAUCUAGGAUACCUUCAUUUCACAGCUUUAAGUAUAGCCUGACUUCUGAUAGGCUGGUUACCUUUCCCUCUAGAGCUGUAAAACUUGCACUAUAAAUUUAAAUGAUAAUGAAACCCUUUUAGAUUUUGUACUUGUCUUAAAUUGUAAUAAACAUCUAAUUCAGGUGUAAAACUUUAUGGAUUAUUGUUAGUUCUUUUUCUGUUGUUGUGAUAUAUUUCCUAGGUCAACUUAUAAAAGAGUUUAAUUUGACCCUUGGAUCCAGAGGGAUACAGGCUCACCAUGACAGUGGCAUGGCAACAAGUGUCAGACAUGACAGCUAAAACAGGAGGCCAUGAACUCACAUCCUUAAACUUCACCCUGAAGCAGAGUGUGGGAACUGUGAAUGGUGUGUGGAUGUAAUUCUCAAAGUCUCCCGCCAGUGGCAUGUUUCCUCCUGCAGGGCAACAUUUCCUAAAACUUACCAAAUGAUAAGAUAUGGAGUGACUUCCAAGUCACUCCACUACACUUAGGGUAGUGAGGUGUGCAAGGAAGUAUCUAUGGAAAGUAGGAAGACAGCAAGGUCUGCUCUUGGAGCCAGGAGCAAGUGGUAUUGAAACGCAUAUCUCUGCUGAUCUAGAAAAUGUCUUUGUCUGGGGUGGAAGGCAGGGUCAGAAACCAUUGUGCUGUGUCUUUAAGCACAGUGUAACCCUUAGUGAGGUGCUCUUGUCACUCAGGCCUCACCAGCCAAUCAGGCACUCCAGGAAACUGUCCAUCAGAAAUUGUGCCGGGUCUUCCUGCCUCAGGCUUCAGGCUUGGCUUUGAAGAGAAGCUGGCACCAGUGGUUUUGUGUGCUGUGUUAUGAAUGCUGCUGCAGGGAGCUGAGCAGGGAGCGUGGGUGAGCUGGAAAACCACAACAUGGUGAAUGAGGGGCUGCCAUCCCCAGACUGGGACUAGCAGUCAGGUGAGUCAUGGGAGCCAGUAUGUUGGGUCCUCUCCUGGCUGGCUGGGUGCAUGUGGCCAGAUGCAGAGUUUGUCAUGUUCUUGCCUGGUCCUGCAUGGUCCAGCAUGAUCCUGCUUGUCCUUCAUGCUCCAGUGUGGUUCAGCGUGGUCCUAUGUGGUCUUUGCAAUUUCUGUGGCCAGCUAUUACCCUCUGCAUAGCUUCACUCCACCAGCA